CAAAAUCUCCCACAAUUCGAAGCUCACAAGAGGUGAAAGGAGAUCAAUUCCCUGCGAUUUAAUUACUUUACUGCCAGAAAGUGCAUUAAUUUGAGUACAUAAUGCAGAGUGGUACCCAGUCCCGGUCGGCGGUUUGUAGCGAGAAAGUCAUCAGUGAAGUGAGCGGAAAGCGGCUGUUACGCCGCCGCGUCCAGAAGCGAGCAGACGGCGCUAAAUGUGUGACAGUAGACGGAAGGACGGACUGGGACGAACUUUGUAAGCAGAACACAUGGCUACGGACACAGUCUGGUUUGGUAGUCAAGCCUGAUCAAUCCAUCAAGCGAAGAAAACACUUGGGCCUGAUCCAGCUCAAUGUGGACUUUGACACGGCAAAACUCUGGAUCCAGGAGAAAUUGGGAUCCAAGGUGAAGGUGGAUGGCGUUGAGGGCACCCUCAAGCAAUUUCUGAUUGAGCCUUACCUCCCCCAUCAAGAAAAUGAAGAGUCCUACCUGUGCAUCUACUGUCACACAGAAUCCCAUGAUGCUGUGCUGUUCCAUUCCAAAGGAGGGGUGGAUGUGGGAAAUGUGGAUGAGGAGGCUGACCAUUUGUAUGUGGGAUUGGAGGAAAUGCCCCAGCAACAGACAAUUCAAGAAACACUGCUGAAGAAUGUUCAAAACACAAAGACACAGAUGUUGUGCAGUUUCAUCCAGUCUCUCAUCAAGUGUUUCAGAGAUUUACACUUUACAUAUCUGGAGCUCAAUCCAUUGGUGGUCACAGAUUCUGAAAUCCACAUCCUGGACGUCGCAGCCAAAGUGGACUCCAAGGCCGCGCCCCUGUGCAAGGAAUUAUGGGACGGAAUUCAAUUUGCGCCGUCGCUGUGCCGAGACCUGCAUCCUGAGGAGCUGCGUAUUGCCCAACUUGCUGCCGGCACACCAUGCUCUAUGAAUCUGACAAUUCUUAACAAAGCUGGUAGAAUCUGGAGUCUGAUAGCCGGUGGUGGGACCUCUCUGGUCAUGAGUGACACAGCAGCAGAGCUAGGUGUGCGAGACGAGGUAGCCUGCUACACCCAGUUUUCUGGCCGCCCAUCCGCAGACCAGAUGUACGAAUUCACCAAGACGUUGAUCGAUUUGAUGGUGGAAGUGCCACACCCUGAGGGCAAGACGUUCAUCCUGAGCAGCAACGUCGCUGAUAUGAUCAUGAUGAUCAAACUCAAGGUUGGACCCAUGCAGGGACUAAUGAGAGCUCUGCAGGAGUGCAAAGAGAAACUCAAAACCCACAAAAUCUCCCUGUUAAUGCGUCGGGCUACGUUAGCAACAGUGCCUAAGGGACAGAUACCAUCAGCUCUAACUGAACUUGGCCUGCCUGUCCAUAUCUUCUCCAUUGCGGUACCCAUGACACACCUCAUACAGUGUGCACUCGGGCUGCGUGAUGUCGAGACUGGCGUCGAUGAUACAGAUAAGAUAUGCCAACCAAUGAACCAGCAAGCAGAAUCCCAUGAAGUCAUUGCCAAGAACAACCUUGAUGAAAUCUUCAAUGGAGACACAAAGGUAAUAGUCGUUGGGCUAAUGACUCAGGCUGUACAGGCCAUGCUGGACUUUGACUUCGUCUGCGGUCGGAAAACACCGUCAGUUGCUGCCAUCGUGAAUCCAGGGGGGAGCGAAGACAAGGAAGAAAGUUUCUUGUGGGCCGAAGGUCAAGUCAACAUUCAAGUGUACAGCAGCUUAGAGACAGCAAUGAGUAAUCACACCGAUGCUACCGUAGUGGUCAAUGGUGCCCCAGGCAGAGAUGCGUAUCACUGUGCUAUGCUGGCUGUCAAGUGUAGACAUAUUCGUUGCAUUCUGAUGAUAGCAGGCCACAUCCCAGACCGACAAACAAGAACUUUAGUUCAGAUGGCCCACAACAACGGAGUCUUGAUCGUUGGACCCUGCACGCCCGUACACCUCAUGCAAGUUAACUUCAUCAAGCCCGGCAGUUUCCGCUGCAACAAGUUUGGUACCAUCGGUGGUUCGUUAGAUGACCUGGUCUCAUUGCGGCUGUAUCGGCCUGGCAGUGUGGGCGUGGUGACACGGUCUGGUGGGCUGAGUAUGGAGCUGAUCAUCUACAUCGCUAGGAACACAGAUGGGCUGUAUCAGGGCGUGUCGCUGGGUGGCGGAAAGUGCACUGGUUCCUCGUUCAUGGAUCAUUUGAUGUCUAUGCAGGCAAACCCAGACGUCAAGAUCUUGCUGCUGCUUGGAGAGUUUGGUGGAAGUGAGGAGUAUGACAUAUGUGAAGCUCUAUGUAGCGGCAAACUCAGUAAACCAAUGGUUGCCUUCUGCAUUGGCGAGUGUGCCGACAUGUUCAAAUCAGAACCGGGUUAUUUUGGCCACUCAGGAGCAGGCAACGAUGUUGCCUUGGAAACAGCUGCUGCUAAAAACCAAGCUCUUGCAGAAGCUGGGGCUGUCGUGCCGAAAACAUUUGACGAAAUUGGUGAAAAACUCCGAGAGGUAUACGCUAGCCUGAUAGCUAAGGGUCAACUGGUACCCAAGCCAGAACCACCGGUGCCGAGCAUACCAGCCAAUAUGAAGCCAAGGAAAGGCAAGAAGUAGGCAGGAUUCAAGACCAUACCCAUCCCCACCCCCCCUCCAGCCCCCUCCCUUCUCCCCUACCUUUUCUUUACUUUUCCAAAAUCAUAAACAAAAACGUCCUAAAGUCAUUAAUUGUAUUAUUAGACCAUUUCACCCCAUUAGCACUUAACCCUUUAACAAUUGUAUUACAUUGUAUAUACUGCAUGAAUCCAUACAACCAUAGAGUGCUGGGCGGUUUGGGGCGGUUUGAGGAGUAACAGGCAGGGCAGUUUGGGGCGGUACAAGGGCUAAACGGUUAAUUGAAAUAUCCCCCACUCCUUCAUUUUCUUUUCCAACAUCUGAAAAAAACUGUCCUUAAGUGAUCAUCUGCAAUUUUAUGCUAUUCUAACCCAUUUUAAUUUUCACUUGAAAUAUCCCUUUUCUUGAAAUAUAUAUUUUUUUCAAAGUAUUACAUACAUUGUCGUAGUUGAUAGUACUGAAAUUGGGCAUUUUUGGAUAUCACAUGAAAUAUUCCAGCUGAAAAAAACUGAAACCGAAGAGACAGAAAGUGAUAUCAUUGAUCUGUCACAUUAUGUACUUAUACUGAAAUUCCAAAGUAUUGGUUAUUAAGGUUAAUUUGGAUUGUGGAAUUCCUGUGGUGAAGUGACAAGAAAAAGUUGAUUCUUAGUUCAUCUGUUUUAUUAACAGGUCACAAGUUAAGAUUCAAGUUCUAAAAGUGUAAUUACAAAAAUUACUACUGAUUGGCAUCACUCGGUUCAGAUUUACUUGGGGAUAGUGGUUCAGUCUUAGGUUUGUAACAGAAUGUGAAUGAAAUAUUGUAUGGGCCACUGUUUUUGUUACUUUUUUGUAUGUCGUACUGCACAUUGUCUUUCAAUUCAUCAAUAUAUUUCAAAUGAUUUAAUAAUAUUUGUAAAGAAAUUAUGAUAUAGAAAAUAAACUCUAUUUUCCUAAUGCAUAAUCUAAAAACCAUUCACAGAUGUAAAUAUUUAAUAAAUUGUUACCAUUUAAAGAAUUUAAAUUAGUUUUGGUGUUCAGGCCUUUAAACUAUUGAUAUAACCUCUAUACUAAAGAUAUUGUACAUGUACAUGUAGAUGUACUAAAUCAACAGAAAAUUGUGCACAUGAAAGAAAACUAUUUUAUGUUCCUUUUGGUGACUUAAUGCAGUACUAUUUCAGUCUCAAAAAUGAACAAAGUGAACUGAAGAUCUUAACUUUUAGCUUUUGAUAGUUUUGAGAUUUGAAUUUUCAGUGAGGUUCGAAUUUUGAUAGUUUUAACAAAGAUAAAACCAGAAUAUUUAAAAGAUUCUUUCUUGGACCUUUAAUUUGUAAUAAAACAGAAAACUUGUGUAGUGCA